CCCUAGCUGCACCUCCACGCUCUAUCUCAUGUCUACCAUCUUUGAUGCCUAUAAGAAGCAAAAACGGUAGAUCAAGGCCUAUGCAUUCCAUGCGUUCGCAGACCCUAGCUGCCCAGUCGACUACUCGGGCCUGUUUCAUGACAAUAUUCGAUCGUUCCUCCAAGAAUGUGCUGAGAUUGAGGACUACAAUGUCGAAGGGAUGCCGACAUGGUGCAUGCUGCUCGUCAAUGAGAGCAGCGGUGUCGUUGUCCCUCUCUAUUUCAUCGAAGAAAAUGUCAAGCACUCGAGCCGACUGUUCUGCGAUUUUUGUUGUUACGUCGGGUCAAUUUAAGGAUGAGUUCGUCACUGCCGGAGGGGUCCCGCUCUUGGAGGUUUCCACUUCUGCAAUUGCAUGUCUGCUGGAAUAAUUUUUCUGGGUUCAUGUCAUUGAGAGGUGAGAUGUGCAUUCUGUGGGAGAUAUAGGAAAACUACUACUCAUGAUCUAGUUAUGCUGGUACAUUUCUAUAAUCUCUUCUGGAAAUUUUGAUUUUUAUUUUGAAUUUCUUGGUUUAAAUGUCUCUACUUUUUUUGUGUGUUAAAAGAACGUAUUGUUGGAAAUGUGGAAAGUUAACUGCUUUCUUUUCUCUUUUGUUUGAUAUUCUGUUCUCGGUGAAUUUUAUUUUUUACCUUUUGAGAUUUCUUUUGUUCUAUUUUUUUCUAUAUUUGAAAUUUGAAUUGAAUAUGAUGAAUUAUUUAAAGGAGGUGAAUGUACCAGAAACAUAUGCAGAUAUGCCAUCGAUUGAAAAAGGAAAGAGGAAGAAUAAAAAGAAGCAACUAGUAUCUUGAAUUGUAAUUUUCAACCAAAUCCAUAUC